AUGGGAAUUGCCAACAUCGCCAUACAAUUAUCUCAAAUAGAUCCAUCAUCAAACAACAGAACAAUAUUAUUUUCGAAAAGUUACGUCCAUGAAAAUUUUCGAUUAAAUUCCCAAAUUGGUGUUGAUUCCAUUUACAUGGCAGGCCCAACCAUGAGUCAAUUAUUUACAAAAUUAAUUUCACUCAAAUUAAUUCCAAAAGAAAAAAGAGGGACUUCUGUGAACGAAUUGUUGAAGUCUUUGCAAUCCAAAGUUCAACUGUCAGAUUCCAUUUUAGGUGAUUAUGUCAGUUGGUCUCGAAUGUUUCCAAUUGUUGACUCUAACAGUCAUGUCACCAUUGAAAGUAUCAUUCAAGGAAAAUCAGGAUUUGAUUACAGAACCCCAGAAGAUUUAUAUCAAACAAGUAAUCCACAAUCAUCCAGUACUCCAUUAUUAGAUGUCAUCGAAAAUAACAUUUUAAGAAAAUUGGCUCCUAGAGUGAGACAAACGAAUCGUUUAGAAAGUAGAAUUGACAUUGAUGCCCAUGCAUUGUUAGGAUAUUUAUUGUCUAAAAUGAAUUCAAAUAUUAGAAUGGAUGAAAUUUUCAAAACUCAAUUUUCAAACAUGUUCAAGUCAACAUUUCCAUUAUUCUCCUCUGACAUGAAAGACAAUUCCAAAUUUGUCAAAGCAACAAAGGAAAAUGAUUUUCUUGUGGAGGAUAUUGUUUUUCCAUACUUUACAAUUUUCCCAGUCACGAGCUCAGUAUUCACAUCUGCUGAAGAUUUAAAUACUAUUGGAUCUCUCAUCAUGUCUCAAUACUCAGAGAAGGAAUGGGUAGAAUAUAACUUGAUGAAUUUCAUGCGUCACAAUGAUCAACCUUAUUACUAUCAAAUGUCAAAACAAGGAAAUUACAUGACUGCAAUCAUCCUGUUCCCAAAAUCCAAUUUCGUAUUAUCCUUGACUGGUCUCUCAGUUUCCUUAAAUCAAGUCACUCAACUUGUGCAAGAUUUUGCCUAUCACAUGCUUCCAAAUGUGAAAUGUUCUCAAUUUUUAAACAUGACUUUGAGUAGUGACAAUCGAUCAUGCACUUACACCACACCACUUUCGAAUUUAGAACCACUCUACAAGAAGAGUUAUUUCAUGGAAAAUAAGAACAAGUAUACUGGUUGUUAUAUCAAUACUGAAUAUUCACACAGUACCUUUAGAAAAUAUUUUAGUAUGAAGGAAAUGAUUUGUAUUGCGAGUAGUAAUGAUGGAGAAGAUUCUCAAAUUCUCACUGGAAAAUUUUACAACUACGAUGCCAAUAAUCCAAAUAGUCAAGCGAGGGUAUUCAGUGAGGAAUUUAUAUUCGUGCAAGAUUUUGAUUUUGAUACUUUUCGAAUGGGUCACAAAGUACCUUCUGAUGCUCAUUUGGUGCAAUUUGAUAAUUAUGUUUCGAAUGUGACAUGGACAUUUAAAUUAGAUUCAAAUCGAUUCAUGUAUUUGAUUGGUCCCUAUGAUACUCAAUGUUAUGAAAGAUUUGAAGAUGGAAUUAGCACUUUUUUAAUUUAUUUAUGUUUUGGAGGUCCAUUCGUUGCUGGAUUUGUUUUACCUUUCGUUCAAUUGUUUUUCCUUGUUUUUGAGGUGAGAGAUCGAGUCAAGAAUGGUUAUUCGAAUUUGGCGAAUGUGGAUUUGUCUCAUCUCAUGUUGUCUGGAGGUGAUUAUCAUUCAGAGAGUGACGAAUCAGAUCGAGAGCUCGAUGACAAUGGUGUUGAAAAUUCUCUUCGUAGAUAUUCCUUCCGAGUGAGUGAAGACAAGGAAAAGAAGAAGAAGAAAAAAAAGAGUUCCUCACUCAACACCAAGAUGGCAACAGGAAAAAAGUGGAGUAUCAUUCUGUCGGUAUUUUCAUUCAACCUUGUGAGCAUGUUUUUGUUUGCUGCUCUGAAAGGGCUGAAUAUUAUUUUGAUUUUUGGCAUUUGGCAACAAUGGUAUGCCUUAUUAGUGGUGCCUCUCGUUACUAUUUGUCUCACUGUGUUGUGUGCCAUUUGCUCGAUCAUUCUGAUAAUUGUGAGAAUUAAGAUUAGCACUGUGAGUGGAUGGGUGUUUUCCAUCUUGUACAUGCUUUACAUCUUACUUGAUAUUGCAUUUAUUGUGGUUUUGAUGAAGAUCAAUUGGUUCGGUUUUUGGAAUACCAUGUAA